GCAAAAAUGUUUGGUAUCACCCCACGCAACAAUAGAGCUCCAUUGUCCGGUAUGUAGACAGAUCACAAGCCACGGUCUCCGGUAGAAGCAGGCAAGUUCAGUACUCUGGCGAUGUCGAAAGACGUUGAAACAGGGGAUUUGUUAUACGUUUAGAAAGGUAAUGGGCAAUUCUAGCAGCCAACAACCUACUGAUCUCUCCCAUUUUUCCACCUCCACCUCCUCCUCCUCCACCUCCACCUCCACCUCCACCAUCUCCAGCCAACGUGGGAGAAAAAAGGCGUUACUCUGUGGUAUAACCUAUCACAAUACCAAGUACAAGCUCAAGGGAACUGUAAAUGAUGCCAAGAACAUAAGAAAAUUUUUGAUCAAUUACUUUAAUUUUCUACCUGAAAACAUACUUAUGCUUACAGAGGAAGCAGAGGAACCAGACUUAAUACCGACGAAGUGCAACAUUGAAAGAUGCUUGAGCUGGCUUGUACAUGACUGUCAGGACGGCGACUCAUUGGUGUUCUUUUAUUCCGGACAUGGAUUGCGGCAGCCGGAUUUUGAUAGCGAUGAGUUAGAUGGGUUUGAUGAAACUAUUUGCCCUGUUGAUUUUGAGAAAGAAGGCAUGAUCGUCGAUAAUUACAUUAAUGCCACCAUUGUUCGGCCCCUGAAGGAAGGUGUUAUUCUCCAUGCCAUUAUUGAUGCCUGUCACAGUGGAACUGUUCUUGAUCUUGAGUACAUUUACACAAGGGAAUUCGAAAGAUGGGACAGUAACAAGCCUCCAUCAGGUGUUUACAAAGGUACAAGUGGUGGAUUGGCGAUUUGUAUCAGUGCUUGCGAAGAUGAUCAAAUGGCUUCAGAUACUAAUGCAUUUGAGUCGAAGAUGAAUGGGGCAUUGACCUACCUUUUAAUUGAAGUUGUCAGGAAUUCAGAAUUCAUAAUAACAUAUGGAAAAUUAAUUAACGAAAUCUUCAGGCGAAUUGAAGAAGUUAAUCAACAAGGAUGCUGUAAUACAGUGAAAAUUCUUAGGAAAUUGUGUAUGUGCAACAUCACACAGAAGCCUCUACUUUCAUCUUCUGAAGUGUUUGAUGUUUUUGCGAAGACAUUUACACUGUAAUUCCAUUCCACAUGCAUGGAAGAUACCUUAAAUCGGUGAGUAUUACGGAUUCCGGAUCAAGAUUUGCAAGGAUUGAGUCAUCCUCGGUAUCACUUCAAUGCUCUGAAGGAUAAAGUCUGUACCAAUCAGAGUUUUCAGGCAAUAAAAAAAAAAAUUGCAUUAUAUAUAUAUAAACAAAUUAAUGAAGAGAGAUAAAAAUUUAUCAUAAACUUUGCUAAUUCCCAAAUUAUUUAUAAAAUAAUCCUGUUAACAUCUCAGAAUCUCACAUAAAAAAGGAUAGAAUUGUAAAUAUAAGCGGUAUAUAAGUACAAAAGACUAAUCACUAUUACUAACUUGAAGUUAAGUUUUUGUUAGGGCAGUGACAACUUCAAAUGCUUAGGUGGGGAUAGAUUAGGUGGAUGGAUUAUUAUAACAACUCAAAAUCCAACAUCAAGUGAAAUUAUGAGUGUGAGUAGUAUAUGAGUGUUGAGAUAAUACAUGAAGUUUUUUGUA